AUGUACCCAGAAGCGGAGGAGGUGAGCCAGGAGCUGGGCAGCGGCGCCGGCCACGAGAGCGCCCCCCAGCCCCGUUGCAGAGCGCAUCCAGCUGCCGGUGAGAGCGGCGAGGAGCCAGCCGACGAAGGAGAGCCCCCAGAUGAGGCCGACGGCGGAGGAGGAGAGGCCGUAGGAGCGCAGCAGAUAAGGGACCAGGGCCCCAAGGCUGCCGUCAUUGACGCCGGCGACGAGGAAGCAAAAGGCCGCGGCCGCGAUCCUGGUGGCCUUUUUCUCUUCCAUUACUCCUUCAUGGCGUGA